AUGGGCAAGAGGAAGUUCAGUGGGCUGGAAAUCACCCUGAUCGUCCUCUUCUGCCUGGUGGCGAUCAUAGCCUGUGUCCUCAUUGGGCUUUUAGCAUCAGGACAAACCGGAGUCAAAAAUACAGAAUUUUCACCAGAAUGUCCGAACAUAGUAAUAGCAGAGAGAAUUGACUGCAUCCCGGAUCAAGUAGCGACAAAGAGCACCUGCACCCUGCGUGGCUGCUGCUGGAGUCCCGAAAGCAAUACCAGUGUGCCCUGGUGUUUUUUCUCUUCGAACCAUGGGUACAAAGUGGAUGGGUCAAUAAGAUCAACUCAGGCAGGAUUCGAGACUACAUUAACAAGGCUGCCAUCACCUUCCUUCUUCGGAAACGAUAUCAACAUUGUCCUCCUCACAGGAGAGUAUCAGACACCAAAUCGCUUCCGGUUCAAGAUCACUGAUCCUAAAACACACAGAUUUGAAGUCCCCCAUGAGCAUGUGCGAUCUUUCACUGGAUCCGCAGCCUCCAAUUUAAACUACAAAGUGGAUGUGAAGCAGAACCCCUUUGGCAUUGUGGUGACCAGAGUGAGCAACGGUAGAGUGCUGUUUGAUACCACCAUAGGACCACUGCAGUAUGCUGACCAGUUUUUACAGCUAUCAAUCAAACUACCUAGCAGCAACAUUUAUGGUGUGGGAGAGCACGUGCAUAAGCAGUACCGGCACGAUGUUAACUGGAAAACCUGGCCCAUGUUCAGCAGGGAUAUUGGCCCCUCUGGAGCAAUGCAUAACUUAUAUGGAGUUCAAACUUUCUUCCUGUGUUUGGAAGACAGCACUGGAGCCUCCUUUGGUGUUUUCCUAAUGAAUAGCAAUGCCAUGGAGUUUGUGGUGCAGCCUGCUCCAGCAGUGACCUACAGAACCAUUGGCGGGAUCCUUGAUUUCUAUAUGUUCUUGGGGAACACUCCAGAGCAAGUAGUCCAGGAGUACUUGAAGCUCGUGGGACUGCCAGCAUUGCCCUCCUACUGGAGCCUGGGCUUCCAGCUCAGCCGCUGGAAUUACGGGUCUCUGGAUGAGGUGAAGAGAGUUGUGGAGAGGAACAGGGCGAUUGGACUCCCUUAUGAUGCUCAGAUCACUGAUAUUGACUAUAUGGAGGAAAAGAAAGAUUUUACUUAUGACAAAGUGAAAUUUCGAGAUCUCCCUAAUUUUGCAGCUUAUAUGCAUGACUAUGGACAAAAAUAUAUUAUCAUAUUGGAUCCUGCUAUUAGCACACAAAAUUUAGUUGAUGGUAGUCCAUAUGGAAGCUACAUCAGAGGAGAGAACAAAAAAGUCUGGGUUAAUGAAUCAGAUGGAGUAACAGCAUUACUUGGGGAGGUGUGGCCAGGGGAAACUGUGUUCCCAGACUUCACCAACCCAGACUGCACUAGCUGGUGGGUGGAAGAAUGCAAACUCUUUUAUAACGUAGUGCCGUAUGAUGGGAUCUGGAUUGAUAUGAAUGAAGUAUCCAGCUUCAUUAAAGGCUCAAAAAACGGUUGUGCGCAGAAUGACUUAAACUAUCCUCCUUUCACUCCCAGUAUUCUUGACAAGCUCAUGUUUUCCAAGACACUUUGUAUGGAUGCAGUGCAGAAGUGGGGGAAACAUUAUGAUGUCCACAGUCUUUAUGGAUAUUCCAUGGCCAUAUCAACACAGAAAGUUAUUGAAUCAUUGUUUCCUGGAAAACGAAGCUUCCUUAUUUCGAGGUCUACUUUUGUUGGAUCAGGAAAGCACACAGGACACUGGCUGGGAGAUAAUGCAGCAACAUGGGAUCACUUAAAAUGGGCAAUACCUGGAAUGCUGGACUUCAACCUCUUUGGAAUUCCUUAUAUUGGAGCAGAUAUUUGUGGUUUCUUUGACAACACCACAGAAGAACUUUGCAGACGAUGGAUGCAAGUAGGAGCAUUUUACCCAUUUUCCAGGAAUCACAAUUGUGAAGGAUUCAUA